CACCGCUGACUUUAGAAGUUUGACCAUUUUUGAGCAAUUUUUUUUUGAGCCACUAAAUUUUUUUUCUUUCAUGAGACUGCCUUAAUUUUAUGAUUUUGAUGGCUGUUGUGGUUGGAAAUACUGCACGUAAUCUGUUGGGUUUGCAACGUACAAUCACUUGUGGUGCGUUGGCUGGGAAAUGGCUUCAAAAUCAACUCUCCACGUCGGCCAAGUUAAGUCAGACUUCAGAAUCAUCCGGGGGAAAGAACACGAAAAUUUACGAGAUGCGUACAUACUAUGUAAAGCCGAAAGCCUUCGCUGAAUUCCUGCAGUUAACAAAUGAAUAUAUCCACCUUAAAUCAGAUGCUAAUUCAAAAUUGAAUGGCUACUGGACAAGUGAUAUAGGAGGGGUGAAUGAGGUCACACACAUUUGGGAAUAUGACAGCUAUGCAGAGCGAGUGGAGGCAAGGAAAGCUCUUCAACAAGAUAAAACAUGGAUCAACAGUUACAUAAAGAAAAUGCUAAAAAUGUUGGUGAAGCAGGAUAAUGUGGUGAUGACAGCUGUCCCUUGGUUUGAUGUCAAGCCUCCACUUACUACAGGAGGUGUGUAUGAGCUACGUAUGUACGAUAUAGUGCUUGGUAAAACAGAACAGUGGGUACACAGGCUUGUCCAAGGUCUUCCAGACCGUUGUAAGCUGUCUGAACCAGUUGGCAUCUGGUUCACUGAAUUUGGACCAGUGAACACUGCCAUCAUGCUGUGGUCUUACCAAAGUUUAGAUGAUCGUACUAGGAUUCGUAAGGAGGCCCAACAGCUUGAAGAGUGGGUUGAAGCAGUACGCGAUUGCCUUCCCUUUGAAACAAAAGCAUAUUCCAAGGUUCUAAUUCCGACAGAAUUCUCACCAUGGAAAUAAAUUCAAGGCACUACCCGGAGCAUAGUGUGCCAGUCACAUCAACUGGUGGACCAGUGAAGGUGUAUACACUUAUGACAAAACAGGUUCUCAGUCAGGAAAUUAUAAAGAGGAAGGCGGUUGAUUCAAAGCAAAAUCUUCUGUUGGAUCUGUUACAUUUUACCUGGGAAUCCAAUAAAUUGUAAUUCAAAACUGU